AUGGCGUUCUGGGCUGCCAGCCCACAUUACCGGCUCAUGUCCCCGGUGUGCUGCCUCUCCGCGAAGGCCGGUUCCAGGUCCGUCCUCGCCACCUUGGCGUCAAAAGUGAAGCACAUCAACGGGAGGUACGAGAGGUUUUUGGAAAGGACCUUCCCCCGUUUCUACGUGCUGUACGCGACUUUCACAAAAGGAAUCCAAGCGCUUUUCCUGGAAGUCAAAGAAAUAAGAAAAAUCAAGUCUAAAAUGUCCCAUCAGAGACUGAGCGUUCAGCAGCUUCCCUACCGGGAGAUGGAGAGGCUGCGGCAGUUUCGCAGGGACGUGAUCAAGGCCAUUCCCAUCGGAGUUAUCGCCAUCCCGCCCUUUGCCAACUUCUUGGUCAUCGUCCUGAUGUAUUUCUUCCCACGCCAGCUCCUGAUCCGCUACUUCUGGACCCCCAGCCAGCAGGUUGAAUUCCUGGAAGCCUACGAUGCCAUCCGGAGAGACUCCUAUCCGGAUGUGGUGAAGAGUUUAGCCCUGGCAGCGCAUUCCCUGGCUGAUCCACAGCUCCAAAAACGCCUGCAGGAGCUCUGCACUGAGGUGCAGCGAGGUUCCCAGCCGCGUGUGGCCGAACUAUUUGCUGUGAGAAGUUUGUUUUCGGGCUCUCCGCUGGGACUGAACAAGCUCCAGGUGUCUCAUGUGAAAGCCCUGAGCCGGGUCCUGUUCCUGACCCCUCACUUGCCGGCUUUUUUCCUGAGGCAUCGCCUGCGAAGCCACGUCUUGGAGAUCCGGCACCUGGACCGUGCCAUGCUGCGCCUGGGCUUGGGCCAGCUGUCCGAGGAGGAGCUGAAAGCGGCUUGUUACCUCCGUGGCCUGAACUCCACUCAUCUCGGCAUGUCGGAGUGCAGAGCGUGGCUGGAGCAGUGGCUGGGGCUCUCCUGCAAGCUGCAAGGAAUUCGAGAUUCCAACCAUGAGGAGUUCCCCAGGGGGGGAUUUAACCCCCUUUGA